UGGAGCGACGUCGUACGCGCCCGAUCUUCAAGGAACCAUGUCGAGGCAAGAAGCAGACGCCAACGCCUCCUUGUGGGUCGUUGCGACCCGACGAGGCUCGGCAGGGUCCCGGGCUCCAGAAAGGAGGCCGACGGAGGAUUCAAAUCGAAGAGGUCAGGGGGUCCCUAAGGGCGGCAGAGGUGGCGGCUGGAGGAAUUCCUCUGGUCUCCCGCAGCCUGUGGCGCCUGGUGCCCGCGAACCGCCGCUCUGCUUUGGAUUGAAGAACAUGUGGGUCGGCGCUGUGAUCGGUCGUGGUGGGUCAAAAAUAAAAGACAUACAAAGUACAACAAACACAAAAAUACAGAUAAUAAAAGGUUAUCCUGAUGCACAGGUCAGGAUAUUCGGUAGCAAGGGUAUGAAGGCCAAGGCCAAAACAGCGAUAGAUAAUGUUGUUAAACAACAAGAAAGUUACAGUUUAAAGCCUAGAAUUGACUUACCUGCAAUUAAGAAAAAUUUUUACAAGGAGUCAGAAGCAACAAGUUCAAUGUCACAAGAGCAAGUAGAAAGUUGGAGGAAAGAAAAUUAUAAUAUAAUGUGUGAUGACUUGAAAAAUGGUCAGAAGCGUCAGAUACCAAAUCCUACCUGUACUUUUGAGGACGCCUUUAAACAUUACCCUGAGGUCAUGGAAAACAUUAAAAAGGCAGGUUUCAGGAAGCCGACACCAAUUCAGUCACAGACAUGGCCAAUUGUCCUACAAGGAAUAGAUCUUAUAGGAGUAUCCCAAACUGGAACAGGGAAGACAUUGUCCUACCUAAUGCCUGGAUUCAUCCAUCUCGAUUUACAGCCUGUAAUUAGAGAAAAAAGGAACGGACCCGGAAUGUUAGUCCUUAUACCCACUAGGGAAUUAGCUCUUCAAGUACAAGCGGAAUGUUCUAAGUAUUCAUAUAAAGGCCUUAAAAGUGUUUGUAUAUAUGGUGGAGGAGAUAGAAAUGGUCAGAUACAAGAACUGAAAAAAGGAGUAGAUAUUAUUAUUGCAACUCCUGGAAGACUGAAUGAUCUACAAAUGAAUAACUUUGUCGACCUCAGAAGCAUAACUUACUUGGUAUUAGAUGAAGCUGACAAGAUGCUAGACAUGGGAUUUGAACCCCAGAUAAUGAAGAUUUUAUUAGAUGUGCGCCCAGACAGGCAGACAAUUAUGACAAGUGCAACGUGGCCAUAUGCUGUCCGUCGACUUGCACAGUCCUAUUUAAAAGAGCCCAUGAUUGUAUAUGUUGGUACUUUGGACCUAAUUGCAGUAAGUACGGUGAAACAAAACAUAAUUGUCACCACAGAAGAAGAGAAGCGAUCUCAUAUCCAAACUUUUCUAGAAAACCUGUCUCCCAAAGACAAAGUCAUCGUGUUUGUUAGUAGAAAAGCUGUUGCCGAUCACUUAUCAAGUGACCUGAUCCUGCAACAUAUAUCAGUGGAGUCCCUUCACGGCAACAGAGAACAGAAAGACCGAGAGAAAGCAUUAGAAAACUUUAAAACAGGUAAAAUAAGAAUACUGAUUGCCACAGACUUAGGAUCUCGAGGUCUUGAUGUCCACGACAUCACACAUGUUUAUAAUUAUGAUUUCCCCCGGAACAUUGAAGAAUAUGUACAUAGAGUAGGCCGCACAGGAAGGGCAGGGAAGACUGGAAUGUCUAUUACCCUCAUCACUAGAAAUGACUGGAGGAUCGCUGGUGAGUUAAUUAACAUUCUGGAAAGAACACAUCAGAAUGUCCCAGAUGAACUUACGGCAAUGGCCGAGAGAUACAAGGCAAAUAAACUGAGAAGAGAAAUGGAAAAAUUGGGAAACCCCCAAGGAAAACCUAAGAAAUGUUAUUACUAAUGUCCUUGUUGAAAAGUGGUACCAGCCUACCUCCAGGAGAUUUCGAGACUUUAGAGAUACUAUUUAGGAUAUAUGGAAAUAUUGCAAACAUGCCGGCUGUAUGAAGAGAUGACUGAUUCUAAAAUAGUGUUUAAAAAGGUGGAAUUCAAUAUUUUAUACCUUCUUUAAUAAAAUCAAACAUUUAAACUUGAA